AUGUCCGUCAUUCUCGUCACCGGCUCGUAUGACCAUGAAAUCCGUUUCUGGGAAGCCUGGAGUGGCAUAUGCUCCCGCACCAUCCCCCGCGUCGGGGAAUCUGGACAAGUCAACCGCCUAGCGAUAUCUCCGGACAAACGCCUACUAGCGGCCGCCAUCCACAAGAAGGCAUACAUCUACGAGAUUGCGGCUGCACCCUCCGCGGGACCGAUUGCGAUAUUCGAAGGCCACAACGGUAACAUCACCGCCGUCUGCUUCCACAGCGAAGGGAAGUGGCUGGUAACGGGAAGCGAGGAUGGGACGAUCAAGAUUUGGGAUCUACGGAGCAACAGCCAUCUCCACCGUAAUUACGAUAAUGAAGCACCCGUUAACGACGUCGUAGUGCACCCAAAUCAAGGGGAGUUGAUUUCGUGCGACCAGGCCGGGAGGAUAAAGCAGUGGGAUUUAUCGGAGAAUAUCUGCACACACGAGCUGACUCCCGGGGGUGAUACUCCGAUGCGCUCUAUCAGCCUUGCCUCCGAUGGCUCCUGCCUCGUCGCGGGAAGCGGGAAAUGCUACGUCUGGAAAAUCAACGAGGAACGAUCUGAUCUGCCCAGAUUCCAGGCCGUGACAAUGUUCCAAGCGCACAACAAGUACCUCACUCGGCUCCUCUUAAGCCCUGACGUAAAGUUUCUCGCGACCUGUUCUGCCGACACGACCAUCAAGAUCUGGUCAAUAACGCCCAACUACGAAUUUAAAUUGGAAAAGACUUUGCAGGGGCACCAACGGUGGGUAUGGGACUGCGCGUUCAGUGCGGACUCGGCGUACUUGGUGACCGCCUCCUCGGACCACACUGCGCGACUAUGGGACAUGUCGACCGGAGAGACCGUACGACAAUACAACGGACAUCAGAAGGCGGCCGUGUGUUGCGCAUUGCACGAUGGGGCUGGUUAG